AUGCCGACACGACCACAGCAACAACAGUGGCACCUACUCCAGCCACCGCUGAAGCAACUUCCGCAGAUGCGCGAGGAUGGCGGCAUUGGUGGUGACUAUGACGACUCGCAAGCCUCCUCACCUUUUGCUUGCGGCACCUCGCCCUGGUCGUUGCGGACCUCGGCGUCCGCCAUGGCGGCGGUGAAUGACAGCCCCGACGAUGGCGGUGGUGCAGAGAUGACGAGCACCGGCGGCAGCGACGACGGGGACGACAGUGGAGGCAAUGGAAGAGGUGCUGCACUGCUAAAUUCAAAGAACUCGCAGCAACGCCAGCGGCAGUCCUGUCGUCACUCGCGCGUGAGCCCAUGCGUCAAGUCAACGCGCAAGGCGGCGGGCAGCGACCCGGUAUGCAUCUCGAGCAUGGAAAGCGGCCUCGGCCGCGCAGCAGCAGCGGCUGUCUUAUCCACCACCUCCUUAGUCAGACCUCUGCAAGCACCGGUGACGUCAACGUCUGCAGUGGCGAAGGACCAUGUCGCCUACUACAUCUCCCCCUCCUCGAAUCUCCGACCUGCCAAUGCCUGCAUCUCCGCGUCAGGGUCGCCGCGGGACACGUGUGCCUCGCGCAUUCUUUCCGACUCGAAGGGCAUCGAAGCCGGCACGCUGAGCAAUAAAAACAACCACAGCGGCUCUCCUCGGGCAGCAGCGCAUGCGGUGAUGCCAGGGAGUGAACUCUCAUCACAGGCGGUGCGGAUAAGCAACCACAGUGGCGGUGGUAGUGUUGGCGCGUUUGCCAUUCACGAUAGCGUUGAUGGCGAUGCGUGGCGGACAGAAGACUGCUGCACGCCGGAGACGGCGCUGAGGCUUGAUGGCGAAGGUGGGACGGGCGCGCACACGUCGCCGCCUUCUCCGGCCACCGCGGCGGCAAACACGACGCCGCUGACGUACGCUGCAGUCGCCUCCUCGCUGCACGGCAAACGACUACCACAAUCCCGCAUCGGCUUCAGCCAGUGGCGAAAGCGCGUCUGCUGUGGCAGCGCCUCUCUACCGAGCACCAUUGGUAGCACCAGCACCACGCCCGGCAUAACCUCCGACACAACGGCGAACACGACAGUCGCCGAAAGCACCGCGCAUGCGAGCCUUGAAGCUUCCCUAAAGAACAGGGUCCCCAGCACAUCGUCGUCGCUUACGAUCCCUUCGGUGGUCACGACGGCGAACCCGUCGCGUGCGACCGACAAGAGCACGCCGACAAGCUCACCGUACCUGGGCGGCGACGGCGAAGCGAGCUUCCCGAACAGCGACGAGCACUUUAGCACAAACGAGGGGCCACAGCAUCCGUCAGCGAACCUCAUGAUGCCUCCUUUGCCUCAGUCCGUACACCGCCACCAGCCGACGCACUUAAUUCUGCAGUUGCCCAACGCUCCGCUGUCACAGCAGCAACACAACGGCCCGGACUCGGAGGAGGAGGAGGACAUUGCAUACCCCGACUUUCCAUGCACUGCCGUCGCUCCUCGUGCAGCUGCAACAGCCAGCGAGCUGUCAUCGUCUGCGAAGCUUCCGGCGAAGAACCGCUGCGCCGUUACGGAAAGCGCGGCGCCAUCCCUUCUUCUCCCUGUAUCCGAAGGGACGCCGGUGACGAGGGUGCGCACGCCUGGCGCACCGAUGGCUGCACAGCAGUUGCUGCGCAUCCAGAGGCCACUGAUUACACCGUCACCUAUGGCGUUCACCCCCAUAGCCUCGGCCGCGGCAAGAGUGGCAGCCGGCAAAGGCACGCACCGGGCCGCAUCUACUGCUCCAUCCUUCAAUGCGGCUCAGAUACUACCCGGGCUCUUCCUGGGCUCCUACGCCGAAGCCACAGACACGGCGACGCUGGCGGCGCAUGGCGUCUCCCUAGUCAUUAACUGUGCCUUCGACUGCCCUGUGACGUCAGUAAUGGCAAACAACAACCAUCACGUCCGCUACGUCCAGUUCCUGCUACGCGACCAUUCUGAUGAGGUCAUCGCGCCCUUCUUCGCACCUGUCACCCGAAUCAUUCAUGAUCAGUUACACCGCCGACAAGUACACCAGCAGCGCAUGGCCCGCCGUACCGCGGCGAGCGCACCGAGUGCCGAUGCGAACAACACCGAGGAGCACCAAGUGCAGGACUGCAUGCUUUGGGCCUGGACAGAUGAGGGUGAGAACGUGUGGGCGGUCCCGCCGUCGCCUGUGACACCGUCAAUGUCGGUGAACGGGCAGCAAUCGUUCAAGGAGAGCAGGCGAGAGACUCCCCGCACACCGCCGUCGUUGCCGGGACUCGGUGAACGCCUUGGUGAGGGCGUCGAGCGCAGAAGAAUCACGGCCUCGUUCUCCGUGCCGGCGUUGUCGUCGUCCUCACCCACCAUCGUGGACCCACGCGACUGCGGUGGCGUGCUCGUGUGCUGUCGCAUGGGUGUAAGCCGCAGCGCCACCUUCGUCAUUGCCUAUCUCAUCCUCUACGGCUGCACGCUGGCGCCGCUAGACGACACCGCCUCACUAUUUGCGUCCUUCCUUGAGCGAGAGCGCCGCAUUAUCGAAGAGGCAGGCGGGGUGACGUCUUUCACCGACGACGAUAGCGGUGGUGUUCCCACAACAACGUCCACAGCCACGGAGAUCUCUGGACGCGGCAGCGGGAGCACCAACAAGCCUGCGCUGGCGUUCCCGUCCUUGUCAUUACCGCAGUCGCCUCCCAGCUCGGCGUCGGCGAACACGCCCUUCGCCCCGCGCGGAAGUCCGAAGUUGAAUGGCAGCCAGUCAUUCUUGCAGAGGCACUUUUCGACAAACUCUCCGUGGAUUCGCAGGCACUCCUCUACGAUGCCCGUGUCGUCGCCGCUCUCCUUCGGUGGCAACUGCUCGGGCGGCGGCUAUGCUGCCGGCCCUCUCACCACCCCUCUGAGUGGGAAUCCCUCCGCAAUGUCGCAGCAGCAGCGGCUCCACAUGGCGUCGCCCCCCACCCCGAUUGAGUUCGCCUCACGCAUGUGUCAGCCAUGCUACCUGAUGCAUCUGCGAGAGCGACGACUGCAGCAGGCGGCUCAGCGGCGAAUGCUUAUCAGCGGGCAACCGCAACAGCGGCUGAGAGAGCAGUCGGACGAAGAGCAUCAGAUGAGGAGGCACAUGUCGGCGAGGGAGUUAGGGAAGGAGUACGGACUGACGGGCGACAUUGCCGAUGGUUCGAACUUUGGCGAUAGCAGCAGCACGACCACAAUAAACAGCUGCGAUGACCUGCGCCCAGAGGAGCAGCAGUAUCAUUACAGUCGCUGUGUCGUCUCCGUAUUGCCGUCGUCGGCGCCGGUGGCCUCGCACCGCAGCGCGCGCGGGAGCUGUAGGAUGACACUGCUAGAGGCGGCCUAUGCCGACGAACAUACGCAGAAGGAGGACGGCGUGGAUGAGGAGAUGACUCCGCAACAACAGAAGUCCGAAGCGAUGUGGACGCCGCGACGGGGCGGUGCACGAAUGGCUAAUGAGCAGAGGCUUGAAAACCGUGCUGCGGGCAGUGCCACCACCACGCCAAGGGUGGAGAGAGCUACAACGCAGCAUCGAAACGCCUUUUCAACCCGCAAGGUGGGCAUUGCAGCCGAAGAAGCUGCCGCCACCACGCUUGGUAGCAGCGCCGUCGCCAGCAUGCGCCGAGGCCACAGUAAGAACGUGUACGGAACGCCUCUGCUGCCCGGUGAACAGCAGCACACGCUGUCGCGCUGCUCCUACGUGCCUCACUCCUUACAGACACCCAUGAAUGGCAGCAUCCACGGCGACCUGAACACCAGUAUAAACACUUUGCUAGGCUUCAGCUUUGCCAGCAGCGACGGCGGCAGCCCGGGCACCUUUGGGAGCGUGCCACCGGUGAUGACAUACCGCGACGCCUUCGAUGCAGUGAAGCGAAAGAAGACCGAUGUCAAUCCGAACAUCGGCUUCGUCUUGGCGCUGCGCGAGCUCGCCAGCGGCGGCGACUUCAGCUUCAGCAUGUCUUUCUAA